UCAAUAAAGUAGAUACAUUACAAUAUAUAAUAUAUAAUCUAUGAAUUAACUAUUGUAAGUAAUCUUGUAACAGUUAUUUGAUGUAUUAAGCAAGAUGUAAAGGCAUUUUGAAAAACAAAAGGCUUAGGCAAAUAUAUAGAACUAAGUUAUUGUUACUGGAGAAUCAAAUUAGAAUUUCUAAAUCUAGAAUCAAGGAAAGAACAUACUGACAAUUUCAAUUUAAAUGAGUUUUUGAACUUAAAAGAACUAUUGAUUUAAAAGGCUGAUUUUAGUUAUCGAUAUUCCAUCAUAAUAAGUUUCAGGAUGACUAAUCCAUUUUCAAAAAUAUAACAGAGGAUUUAGCCAAGCGAUGAAAAAAUUUGUUAUUAGCAGAUAUAACAAAGGAAAGGAGGUAUCUCACAAUGGGACUUGGUAUUCUAAGUUUAGAAUUAUGAGUGGUCUGUAAAAACUUUGGGAAAAAAAUACAAGGGAGGACCUAAAAGCCUCCACUGUUUCUGGACACCAUGGACUCUCUGGUCUCUGUCAACGAUCUGGGCUGUGUUGUAACUUUGCAACUCUCGUAAUGUUAAAGAAAUCUUAUUCAAAUGUAUUUCUACUUAUUGUUCUUGCAGUAUGUGAAAUAUAUGGAUUAGCAAUUAAUGUUCCUAAAAAUAACACUUUAGUAUUCAAUCCUUAUGGAGAGACUGUAAGGGAAAGCUGAAUAAUUCACAGGCAUUUAACCUUUAUGGAAAAAUUGAUUUUAUUUUACUUGUAAAAAUAAACAUAAAUAAAUAAUAAACCACAGAUUGUUUUGACCUUGAAGGAAGAUGACUAUGUAAAUAAACACAUUCAAUUUAUAAGAAUGAAAUGCAGAAAUAAUAAGUUAAAAUAGCUUCCAUGAAAAUAGAUGCUUUAAACCCUUAAGGACUUGGGAAGAGUCUUAGGGCACGUAUUCUCCCCAGAAACGGGAGCGACGUGCCUUGGGUGAUGUCACCAAUGACUAGAAACCACCGCAGUGUAAACAGACAUCAGCAGGAAAUAAAUGUGGGUAGGGCAAGGGUCGAGAAGGACGCCUUCCUUCUAGAAAAGUAUCGUGCCUUCCAAAGCUAGUGUGUGUUUUUGUUUUGUUUUGCUUUGUUUUGUUUUAAGAAAAAAAAGGGGACGGAACCUGGUUCUUGCCUUCUGCCACAGAAACCUUCAGUGUCAGAGGCACUGUCUUUCCUUGACAAACGGAUUUCCUUGCUGGCAGUCUAUGCAACGUUGAGACGUAAGGGGCUCUUCACUCUUGCUGCAGUUAUUGGCUGCUUUUCCCAGACUGACAAGCCUGUCUGUGGAACUGCCUGGAGUAAAGUUUCAAGUUACCAGAACUAGGCAAGCCCACUGAGGAGCUGGAGCAGGAGGAGGAGGAGGAGGUGCGCCUUUAGCACUGCAGCAGCUGCAACUCUGAUUGGCUGGGUGGUUCAGCUGCUUCCCUGGAACAAAAGGUCAAAGUGGACUGCAGUGUAAAUGUAGAGAGACAGCCAAUAAAAUAGCAUUGCUUGAAGAAGUUUGGAAGCUGAGAGCAGCAGUACACUGGCUAACUGCAGAGCAAGUUGCUGCUCCGGCUGUGAGGUGCAGCCUCACACCCCAGGCUCGGCUCAGCCACUGUAGGAAGACGUUCACUGUACAGACGACCAAAUUUGUCGUGGAAGAGACAGUCGUGAGAUUCUCUUGUAUAUUUGUAUAGAAGAAUGGCUUGUGAAAUCAUGCCUCUGCAAAGUGCUCAUGUGUCACAAGUCAGCAGUGUUUCGACAACUGGAGAACUCUUAGAAAGAACCAUCCGGUCAGCUGUAGAACAGCAUCUUUUUGAUGUUAAUAGCUCAGGAGGUCAAAGUUCAGAGGACUCAGAAUCUGGAACAUCAUCAACAUCUUCCACAGCAUCUACCAAACAGCGACGACGCCAGCCCAAGGAACAGGAUGAAAUUCGAAGAGCCAAAGACAUGGGACUUGUCAACAAAGAAAAUAUUCCUUCUAAAUUCAGCGACCUUGAUGACUGUAUUUUGAAUGCUCAAGAAGUCGAAAAAGUACACGAAAAUUGUUCUGGUUAUGGUGGUGAAAGGAGCAAACCUAAACGUCAGAAAUCCAGUACCAAGCUUUCUGAGCUCAGUGAAAAUCAAGAUGGUCUUGUGAAUAUGGAAAGUCUCAAUUCCGCACGAUCUCAUGAGAGGACUGGACCUGAUGGUAUUGAACUGAUGACCAAUGAGAGCAAAGAAAAUGAAGAAGAUUGUGGACAUGCCCAGCAUGCUGAGAGCUCCACAAUGAAGAUUCAGGAGCAUCCCAGCAUACCUGACGCCAAACUGCAGAGGAGUCAAGACGCCGAUGACCAGCAGGAGAGCUUUGUCCCCGAAGUGCCCCAGUUGGACCUGGCUGCAUUGUGUGAUGGGAAGAGCUGGGAAGAGCCUGUCCCUACUUUCUCCACAUGGCAGCGGGAAAGCAUCAACUCUGAUGAAGCCCGCCUCUCCCCGCAGGCGGGGCGCCUGAUUCGUCAGCUUCUGGACGAAGACAGCGACCCUUUGCUCUCUCCGCGGUUCUAUGCUUAUGGGCAGAGUAGGCAAUACCUGGAUGACACGGAAGUGCCUCCUUCUCCCCCAAAUUCCCAUUCUUUCAUGAGGCGACGGAGCUCCUCUCUGGGGUCCUACGAUGAUGAGCAAGAGGACCUGACACCUGCCCAGCUCACACGGAGGAUUCAGAGCCUUAAAAAAAAGAUUCGAAAGUUUGAAGACAGAUUUGAAGAAGAGAGGAAGUACAGACCUUCCCACAGUGACAAAGCAGCCAAUCCAGAGGUCCUGAAAUGGACAAAUGACCUUGCCAAAUUCCGGAAACAGCUUAAAGAGUCAAAACUAAAGAUAUCUGAAGAAGACCUUACCCCCAGGAUGCGGCAGCGGAGCAACACACUCCCCAAGAGUUUCGGUUCCCAACUUGAGAAAGAAGAUGAGAAGAAGCAAGAACUGGUAGAUAAAGCAAUCAAGCCUAGUGUUGAAGCCACACUGGAAUCCAUCCAGAGGAAGCUCCAGGAGAAGCGGGCAGAAAGCAGCCGUCCGGAGGACAUUAAGGAUAUGACCAAAGACCAGAUUGCUAAUGAGAAAGUGGCUCUGCAGAAAGCGCUGUUAUAUUAUGAAAGCAUUCAUGGACGGCCGGUAACAAAGAAUGAACGUCAGGUGAUGAAGCCACUAUAUGACCGGUACAGGCUGGUCAAACAGAUCCUGUCCCGAGCCAACACCAUACCCAUCAUUGGAUCCCCCUCCAGCAAGCGGAGAAGCCCUUUGCUGCAGCCAAUUAUCGAGGGCGAAACUGCUUCGUUCUUCAAGGAGAUAAAGGAAGAAGAGGAGGGCUCAGAAGACGAUACCAACACAAAGCUGGACUUCACAGUCACCCUGAAAACUGAUUUCAGUGCGCGUUCCUUUCUGGACCAACUUGAAGAUGAUGCUGAUGGGUUUAUUUCUCCGAUGGAUGAUAUGAUGCCAUCAAAGUGCAGCCAGGACACAGGGCUUUCCAAUCUCCACGCUGCUUCAAUACCUGAACUCUUGGAACACCUUCAGGAAAUGAGAGAAGAAAAGAAAAGAAUUAGAAAGAAACUUCGUGAUUUUGAAGACAGUUUUUUCAGACAAAAUGGAAGAAAUGUCCAGAAGGAAGACCGGGCUCCUAUGGCUGAAGAAUACAACGAAUACAAGCACAUAAAGGCAAAACUCAGGCUCUUGGAGGUGCUCAUCAGCAAGAGAGACACUGAUUCCAAAUCCAUGUAAGGAGGCAGCCCCAGCCCUGGCAAAGGUGGCUGAGCAGAUACAGGGUGAAUUUACCAGCUGCUUCCACUGGUAAAUAGCUGCUCUGCAGAAACUGGAAGUCAGCCUUGAAGCUGGGAUUGGAGAGUACAGGGAAGGCUCUCCUGGACCUGCAAAGGAUGCCGCCCUUCUGCCUCCAUUCCACUGGGAUCGGCGCCUGUUUCCAUUGCCUGCCUGAGAGGCUGCCUAAAUGGAAAAAGGCAAGUUGACCUGACUUGGGAAUUUUGUAAUGGAAAAAUCAAGAUUCCUUCAUGUGCGCGCGUGCACACGCGCACACACACACACACACACACACACACACACAUACACACAUACAAACACACACACCACACUGUAGUGGAAGCUUUACUAACACUACCAGUGAUGAAUCACUACAUUUCGACACGCUCAUCUACAGAGAAUAUACACUGUUCGUUCCCUGGAGAACUGAGAAACAUGAGACCAUUCUCUGUCUGUGAUCAAAACAAGCUCAGGACUUCGUUUUGUAGAGCAAACUUGCCGUGGAGGUUUAUAUUCUCCUUGGACCCGUUAAGUGUGGACGUGCAUUGGAGAGCCCUAUUUGCUGCCUUGGCCAUUCUGGUGACCUUUACUCAGAGCUGCGCCUUUCCCACUGGUGUGAGUUUGUUUUUCCUCUUCUGCUGUCAGUAGAUGGAAGCUGCAUCUGCCCAGAAUGGCAGUGCAAUCAUCUAUUCAAUGGUGUGUUUCUUCAGGAUGUCCUCAGCUGACAGAAAGUUUGGUCCCUUACUAGAACUGGAGUAUCUGAAGAGAACAGAGGGAUUGUAGCAAUAGCUAUACUCAUGAUUAGUUUUUAAUCAGGUAACAGGGUGAAGACUCUGGCGAAUUCUUUCCUUAAGAUUGACUGCACUCAUCGGUCUAAGAUUUUUAAAAGACAUUUAACAUCAAACACUAAGUGAGGCCAGCCUUUUUGAGGCUCGGUUUCAUUUUGACACUAGCCACACAUAAAGGGUCUUGACUAAUUCUUAACCUAAGUGUCGAGGAUCAUGGGAGAGAGGGAGCCUGCAUUCUCAGCCUCCUGAGUACUUACCAGAAUUAAAAACAAAGAAAAAAAGCAAACCUGCACUAAAAAAUCUCCAAACUGAAGGGUAAGUAAGUCCUCAGAGUUCAGCCCAAGGCAGCAGAAUCUAAAUCACACUAUUUUCCAGAUGAUGCUGAGUAUCAAAGCUGUCUAUAUUAGACAUUUUGGAGGGACCAGGGGAUUUAAGACACCAAAUCAUUCAUCUCUUCAAUGUGCUAACAUUACUUUGUGAUCUGUUGCUACUUUUUAACCUUCUAUGUAUACGCUGAGGAAAGUGGGUUCUGGUCCAGCGUGUCCAUUCUGGGUCCUAGCAUAGGUGUCUGCGCAUGGCGGCCAUGUGUUUCAGCAGGUUCUGCCUUUUGAAGAUACUGUUGCAGGAUGAAUGGAACAUCAGGGAUACCCGCCUGUGUAUCCUGAGGGUUGCCCUCUUUAGGUGUAUCUUUUUCUUUUUCCCAAAUAAAAAGAAGAAAAGAGAAAGAAAACCUAAAACUGUACUGACGAGUUGUCAGUUUCAAAACGGGUUCUUAAGAAACUCUGUGGUCAGAUUGGAUUUACAGCAGCAUUUUCCAUUGCUGAAGUGAGGUGGCAGCUCUCCUCUGUCAGUUGAAAAUUGUUUUUAAGUCUGGGGGAAAAAGAAUGCCUUUAAGUUUGCUUUUAAAAGUGAUCGUGUAGAAGCAUGAGCUAUGUGUUGGAAGUGCCCGGGUGUUAAUCCACACGCUUAAAGACGGUACGUAAUCCCACAAAUUUAAAUGUACAUGAAAAUAUAGUUUGGUAUUCUUUGCUCUACUGUUUACAUUGCAGAUUGCUAUAAUUUCAAGGAGUUAUAAAUAAAUAAAAUGAUGCACUUUAGGAUGUUUUCUAUUUUUGAAAUCUGAACGUGAAUCAUACACAUGACCAAAAAUUGUAUUUUUUAAGAGAGAUACAUGUCUAGUCUGCCCUCUUAAAGUAAUUGUUAUCUUAAAUAAGCUAUAAUGUAAAUCAAAUCAUUACCAGUUAACUUUUAAAGCACAUCUGUUUAAGAAUAUUUUGAAAAAUAUGCUGCGGGAUUUUUUUUUAAAGGCAAUAGGAGAAAUUAAUUACUAAAUGUUUUGAAAUCUGUUGUUUCGGCAAAAGUAAACUAAAAAGAUUAUUCAGGAACCCCCCCCAUUCAAAUUUGUAUGAUUAAAUAAAAGGAAAACACCCAGUUAUAGUAAAAUAAAUUGUGCAUGGAUUGUUGUGUCUUCCUGUGUAAUUUUUAAUAAUCUAUAAUAACUUCAUAGAAUGGAGCGCCAGUUGCCAGGGGCGGGGGCGGAAUCUGUUUACACUAGGUUCUGUUUGAAGACGUUGUUCAGUAGUUUCUGGCUUGGCCAGAAAUGCCAAGGCAAAUUUGUUUCCACGGCAACCAUUUCUGCUGCCUAAGACCUCAAGACACUGGAGUCACUUUCUUAAUUGGCUUCACACAGGCAGAAUACUUUGGACUGGGGUUUUUCCUUUGCUCUCUUGGGAAUAUGUAUGUUUAUUAGCACAUGCCAACAAAAUAAACAUUAAGGGUUAUUUGAUGACAAUGUUAAGUAAAGGUUAAGCGUGAAUAAACUUGAUGUAUAUGAUUAUAAGAAUUAAGAGAUGGCAAAGCCUUAUAAUUUUAUUAUGCUCACUUGGAGUAAACAUUGGAAUAGAUGUUUAUAUUAAAGGUGAUAUAAUUAAUGCAUUUCAUCUUUGAAUCGUUUACUUAGGAUGUCACUUGCUAAGACGUGCGUGUGCAAGUUUUAGUAUAAAGCCCUGUUUUAGAAGUUUUUCAAGAUAGCAAAAGUGUGUCCUAUGCUGGUAGAAGCAAGCCCCCACACUCUAGGUGAUCUUCCAAUUCAGGGAAAAUUCUCAUGAAAGACCAAAUUUCAAACUGAAGAACUAAAUUGUUUUUAAAUGCUACCUAUAAUGCAUUGUGAGCUAAUACUUAGAUUUCUUAUAUGUCACUUUCGUUGCCAGUUUGAAGUCACAAGAUUAUUAGUCAUUGCCAAGGCAGGGGUCAGCAGUGUCCCUAUUUGUAACAUCAGGGUAAUUUUUACUUUGUCUCAUUAUGGUGCAAUGCUUGUGUGGCUGUCAAAGAGCCUCUUGCACGGUGUGCCUGCUCCCAGGUGUGGCAUUUCUGACCCAGGAAAAAUGGCUCAGGGCUGUGGUUUUGUCACAAAUAUUGCACUGAGAUGCCCUGGAGCCCUCAGUCUUAGAGCCUCUGAUGGCUGAGCAUUUGCUAAUGUGGUUGAACCUGGAAUUCCUUUUAUGGUGAAUAUUUAGGUUUCUUUUCAGCAGGAAGAGGUGGCCAUGAUGUCACUGAAGUUGCUUCUGUCUGGGGGUUGCCUAACUAUCAAUAGACAGAAUUGGGCCCAGCGUCUAGAACUGAUCACAGUUUUACAUGAAAACCAAAGUUUAAAGUUUGUUGAUUGAUUUUUUUUUAAAGAUUCUUGAUCUGAUCACAAAGAUGCCAUUUUUCUUAAGGCUAAUAACAAACACCUUACUACAUUUGAUGGUAUAUUUAGAGUUAUAACUCAUAAACUGUUAACUGCUUUGUGAAAAGCAAGUUGUCUAAAUUCUAUUUUGCUUCCAAGAGGGGUUCUUCCUGACCCACUGCUUCCUGGGUUUUUUGUUUGGUUGCUUGCUUGCCUAGAUAGAGAGAGAUGCUUUCUACGCCAAGAUCAACACCUUUGCCGUGUUCUUUUUCAUUAUUCACUUGGUUAAAUCAUAGGAGAGAGAAAAAAUGACACAAACAUGUUGAAGCAGUGUUUCCUCUGAAGCCCAUGUGUUUGACAGAACCCGGAAUGUGCUUUCCUUUAUAAACUCCUUUCUUUCAUUUUCCUCCCACUUGCCUCUCAGGCUAAAGAGUACAUUUUAUCAACAGACCAGCUAAACAUAUUUUCAAAUUUUUAUGUAUUUAAAUUGUGCAUAUUGGCACCUCUUCCAAUGGUGGCUGACAUGGCAAGCUCCAAACAAGAGUAAUAUAUACAUCUGGCAUUGCACUGUGACAUCGGCGACUUUCCCAGAUGGAGACUGUGCCUCCAUGGGCAUCUGUAUGCUGCCACAAACAAUCCUUGAUAGUAAACCAAAAAAAAAAAACCAUUGACAUUGAGUCGAUUUCUGACUCACUCAUGGUGACCCCAUGUGUUAUGUAUACAGGGGAGAUCAGAAUUAACAGUUACACAGAUGUGUAUGUAAAAUAGAAAUCCAUGUACAUUUACAACUUCAUGUUGCUAUGAAGUUGGAGUCAGGCCAGCCAUGGUCGCGUUCAUGGCUUGAGAAAUCAGUUUGGCAGAUCUAAUUCUCAAUCUCAAAGCAACUGUUAAGUCACAUACAUCUCUGUUCCAGAACAGAUAAAAUUUUAGUCACUAACAUAGGCCCAGAACAAUGUUUACAUGACAUGUAAGCAGAAAGUAUUUGAAAUUGCCAUUGUCCUUUUUUAAAAUGUAAAUUGAGAAAUGUGUACAUUUUUUUGUACAUGACUAUUUUGUGUAAACUUGAAAAUAAAAUAUUUUUAACUGUGGAUGUUUUUGUUGCUAUGUCUCCAGGAGGUCACUGGAAGGUGAAGGAAUCAUACAAGCUAGGCUUGUCCAUGGUUGUAGCUAGAAAAAAAAUGUGUUCUAUACUCAGCUGCUUUUAAAACAAUUCAUAGAAACAAAGGAAUUAAAGCAAAUUAAAAAACUUACUUAAGUACAUUUCCAAAGUCUAUAAGAUCAUCGCAGAUAAAUAACAUUAGUCUUUUACUAUUCUGAAGCUCAGAAAGCCACCAAAAUACUGACUCGAGAAAGAGCACAUUUAAGAGGUGUGAAGAGAGUGCCCCAGCCUUUGUGUUGCCUGUUAUAUAUCAGGCAGAGUGCUAAGUACCUGCCAGGUGCCCCCUCACUCAAGCCUCACAGCAGCCCCAUGUACCUUCUUACAGAUGAGGAAACUGCAGGUCCAUGGUGGUUAGGGAUGCAGGCUUUCUGUAAACUGCAUGUUAUGUGUAUACCCAGUGAUAAAAUGAAACAUCAAAAAUAAACUGAACCUGAAAUUAAAUAUAUAUGCAUAUAUGAAAACUUGGAGUAAGGGCCACGUCCUAGUGCUAACAGCAGGAUUCACACCGAGAUCUGUCUGACUCGAGUAAGGAUGCUCUACUGCUCCCGGUGUUGCUGGGUGCCAUCGAGUCAAUUCCAACUCAUAGCAACCCAUGUGACAGAGUAAUGCUGCCCCAUAGGCUUUUCUAGGCUGUAAUCUUUAUAGGAGCAGAGCACCAGGUCUCACGCCACUGCUGGAUGGGUUUAAACCACCCACGUUUCGGUUAACAGCUGAGUGUGUAGCCAUUGUGCCACCAGAGCUCCUGCUGCUGCUCACGGAGAUGGCGGUUUAAUGCCAUUCUUCUGCCAAAAUUGAAGCUUACCUGGAAUAAGUUUUGAAACACUGGGUGCAAGGUCAUGGAAUUUGGGCGGAAGUGGCAGGCAGCAUUCAGUGAUCCUCCAUUUUCUUAAGUAAUAUUUUGAAGCUGCCUUUUUCGGGGGCCAGAAAGUUGCAAUACCCCAAGUGCACCCAGGUUCUACAACCUCAUAGAAAGCCUGAUUUUACUCUGAAUCCUCCUGCCCCCCACUCAUACUAUAGCUUCUAAUCCUAUAAUAGUGUGCAGAACUGUGAACUACCUUAUUGGGAAUUUUAGAAUGGGGACCUAUGCACCGGGGUGCGUGGGUGGGGGGGUGGACAAAAGUUGAGGAGUAGGAGAGGCAGUCCUUUCAAUGGUAUCACUAUUAACCUCUUCAAGAAACAGAUUCUGAAUUGUGUAAGACACAAAACAUCAGCGUUAUCCCCAAGCUGGGUCAGCUCAUCAAGGCUAUAUAUGCACAGCAGAAUUUCAUAUUCAGUAAAAGCCAAACGUUCAAAUUCCCAAGAUGCAUUUUUAGAAUCCUGCUGGCAGGCAGGCAAGUGGGGCUUGGCAGUAACCAGGGCUGUGGACAGCUUGGUUCUCACCACUCCUCGCCAUCAACAAGGAUUGUACCACAGGGCUAGCUCCAUGUUGUGCUGCAGCUGCCCCGGGGAACACAGCCCAGUGCCACGCAGCAAGAACUGAGUCUGCGCCAGCUCUGAACCCCAGGUCUCGG